AGACUGUUCCUAGUAUUACAAGUUUACACCAGGGAGGAUCAUUGAAAAAGAAAAUGGAGAUUCAGUCAGUUAAGACAACGUUAAUGGAGUUGUUGCAUCGCUUAACAUCGGCGGAAAAUGAUAUAACCAACAUGAAACAAAUUGUAGAAACAUUAGUUGAGAAGCUUCAAGAAUACAAAAGUGACGAGACUUUACGAGAUGUUAAAGGACGCAUCAGAUCAAUUGAUAGUGGUCUGGGAAGGUCCGUGGACUCAAACAUGAUGACUGGAAACACCAGAUCGAGAGAUAGUGACCUGGGAAUGUCCGUGAACUCAACUAUAAUGGUUGCGGGCACCGUGCCGACAGAUAAUGGCUUAGGAAGGUCUGUGGACUCACCUAUAAUGGUUGCGGGCUCAGGACCGACAGAUAAUGACUUAGAAAGGUCUGUGGACUCAACUAUAAUGGUUGCGGGCACCGGACCGACAGAUAAUGACUUAGAAAGGUCUGUGGACUCAACUAUAAUGGUUGCGGGCACCGGACCGACAGAUAAUGACUUAGAAAGGUCUGUGGACUCAACUAUAAUGGUUGCGGGCUCAGGACCGAAAGAUAAUGACUUAGAAAGGUCUGUGGACUCAACUAUAAUGGUUGCGGGCACCGUGCCGACAGAUAAUGACUUAGAAAGGUCUGUGGACUCACCUAUAAUGGUUGCGGGCACCGGACCGACAGACAAUGACUUAGAAAGUUCUAUGAACCCAACUAUGAGACUGAGAAGAGAUUGUCAAAUUGACGUGAUUACGUCAUCCUUGGAUGACAUUUACGCAUUGCCGGGGUUCAUACGUCCAACGAGGGGAGGUAACUCUAGACAACGCCAGAUGGUGGCUGAUCUCGAAGCAGAGUUUGAGAGACGACGUUCCGGCACGGAGCAUGUCGACGUUACUAGUAGAAAGGAAUCUGAUGAAGAGAGCAGUAUAUAAAAAAUAUAUACACAAACGUAACCAGUGGACUGUACAAACAAUUAUUGGGUUACGGUUGAGUGAUAUAAUACACUUACAUUGUAAAUGGUUGUACAUUUACAUAAUUUGUUUUAUUUUGCUUAACGUCCUAUAAACAUCCAGGGUCAUUUAAGGACGUGCCUGGUUUUGGAGGUACAGA